UGCGGGGAGAGAGAGAGAGAGAGGAGGCUGUCCUGUAUCUUGGAGAGGAGGAGGUCCUGAAUGAGAUGACAAUGGAAGGAUGCCAGUGCUGAGCAGAAUCUGGUAGCGGUGUGACUGAGAAGGCAAGAGAGACCGUGGCAGCAUCCAGUCCUCUCUCUCUCUCUCUCUCUCUCUCUCUCUGCCUGUGUGUGUGCGUGUGUGUGUGUGUGUGUGAUUAGAAAGGAAAGCGCCUGAGAGAAUGCAGAGUGGCCAACUGAGGAGUAGCGGCGCCAAAAAUGUCCAAAAAGGCGAGAAGAAAUCUUGUUUCUCCAACAUCAAAAUCUUCCUGAUCUCGGAGUGCGCAUUGAUGCUGGCUCAGGGAACGGUCGGGGCUUAUCUGGUAAGCGUGCUGACGACCCUGGAGCGGAGGUUUAACCUGCAGAGCGCUGACGUUGGAGUCAUAGCCAGCAGCUUUGAGAUUGGGAACCUGGCCCUGAUUUUGUUUGUGAGCUACUUUGGGGCGAAAGGACACCGGCCACGUCUGAUAGGAUGCGGAGGCAUCGUGAUGGCCCUGGGAGCGUUGCUGUCAGCCCUGCCAGAGUUCCUCACCCACCAGUAUGAGUAUGAGUCUGGCGAGAUCCUGUGGGGAGUGGAAGGAAGGGACUUGUGUAUUGGGAACGUGUCAACCAACAAUCUAGGACCAGAGGCAACAAUCAUCUGCAGGAACAGGACUUCUACCAACCUGAUGUACCUCCUGUUAAUUGGAGCCCAAGUGUUACUGGGUAUUGGUGCUACUCCUGUCCAACCCCUCGGUGUCUCCUACAUAGAUGACCACGUCCAAAGGAAGGAUUCCUCCCUGUACAUAGGAAUUGUCUUCACCACACUGGUCUUUGGUCCCGCCUGCGGCUUCAUCCUGGGAUCGCUCUGCACCAAAGUGUACGUGGACGCAGUCUUCAUCGACACCAGUAAACUGGACAUCUCGCCGGAAGACCCUCGCUGGAUUGGGGCUUGGUGGGGGGGCUUCCUGCUCUCCGGCGCUCUGCUCUUCUUCUCUGCCCUCUUCAUGUUUGGCUUCCCGCAGUCGCUGGCGGUGAAGAGCGACAAGAUGCCCGACACCGAGACGGCCGCCCUCUCGCAGAACGUCCCCGAGUCCUUCGAGCGGCCCAUGCCCGGCAACGGCGUGAUGGAGCCACGGCAGCCCGAUCACCCCAUGUCCUGCUUCCAGCAGAUGCGAGUGAUUCCCAAGGUGACCAAGCACUUGCUGUCCAACCCGGUCUUCACCUGCAUUGUUCUUGCCGCCUGUAUGGAGAUUGCGGUGGUCGCUGGAUUUGCAGCCUUCCUGGGCAAAUACCUUGAGCAGCAGUUCAACCUCUCUGCUUCCUCCGCCAACCAGCUACUGGGAAUGACGGCCAUACCCUGUGCCUGUCUGGGAAUCUUCCUGGGAGGGUUGCUGGUGAAGAAGCUAAGCCUGACGGCCCUGGGAGCUAUCCGAUUGGCCAUGCUAGUCAACAUGAUAUCCACCGGAUGCUACAUAUCCUUCCUUUUCCUUGGAUGUGACACGGGACCCAUAGCAGGAGUCACCGUACCUUAUGGAAACACCUCCAUGUCAUAUGCAGAUUUGGACCCUUACGCUCCUUGCAACAGUGACUGCAAUUGCAAGACAACAGCUUACAACCCAGUUUGUGGAUCGGACGGAAUCACCUACUUGUCCUCGUGUUUUGCCGGCUGCUCCAACGUGAAUCUCACGGCCUGUGCUUGUUUGAACUUCGGCUCCAUUAAGAACGCCACCGUGAUCCCCGGCAAGUGUCCGAGUCCAGGAUGUCAAGAGGCCUUCCUGACCUUCAUAUGUGUGAUGUGUGUUUGCAGUCUCAUUGGAGCCAUGGCCCAGACCCCCGCCAUCAUUAUACUCAUCAGGGCAGUUAAUCCAGAACUCAAGUCGUACGCGUUGGGAGUCCUGUUCCUGCUCUUACGAUUACUCGGCUUCAUUCCUCCUCCUCUCAUCUUUGGUGCUGGGAUCGACUCGACCUGUUUGUUCUGGACCACCAUCUGCGGGGAGCUGGGGGCCUGUAUGUUAUACGAUAACGUGGUGUAUCGCUACCUGUACAUCAGCAUCGCCAUCAUGCUGAAGUCUCUCGCCUUCAUCCUCUACACCACCACCUGGCACUGUUUGAGGAGGAACGCCAAGUACAUGCGGGACGACGAGGGCAACCUACAGCCAUUGACAGCCAGUGAAAUCUUUGUAUCCACCCUAACGCUGGACACAGUGGGGAGGGACUCCACUCAUCAUCAGUCACAAAAGACCAAAUUCAUCUACAACCUUGAGGACCAUGAGUGGUGUGAAAAUAUGGAGUCCGUGCUAUAAAAAAGCGAGAUUUCAUUUUGUACAUUUUGAUUUUGGAUGGAAGAAACAAUAUGCGAUGGUGCUCAAACUUUAAAACAAAGACUAGUUUAUGUUUGCAAGCCAAGAGCAGGGCCUAAAAAGGAUUGGGAAUGAACUAUUGAGGACUUGGCUGUAUAUUUGUGAGUGAGAGGGUUGGCCAGUGCAGCACACUGAUGUUUUGUCCAGGUGCAUAGUUGCAAUUAAUGUCUUGUUCGAAUGCCUUGGCCAGCAGUGCUGGGAUACUCCACAUCCGAGAGUGAUCUGGUGAGGGACCUCACCACUUGAGUCGUGCUUCGGUGGGGUCUUUGCCUGGCGGAGGUUAGGCACUUGCCCUUCACUCGGUCCUUUGAGCCAGAGGUUCAACCUGCAAGGAGGUCCUCAUGAUUGUCGAACGGGACAAACCGGGCUUCCCUCCAGUCUUCUUUCCAGGAGAAGGAUUGGGAAGAGCCACCCACUCCCAACUCAAUUGGGCCAGGAUGCGAAGCCCUUUGGAGCCGUGGCCAAUGAGCAGAUCUGCUGCAGUCUCCAGUGAGGGAGAAUGCCAGGACUUGUGUCUGAUCAAGACUUAUGUUACGCACCAGAGAUGUGAAUGGAUUGACCUCUCCACAAUAAAGACCACAGGGCUCAAGAGCAAUAAGACGCUAACAAAGUCUGUGAACACUCUGUCCUCUUGUAAAUAAAUGUGUGAACGUUCCUUCACUUGGCAGUAGAGAGGAGGAAUAAUUUACCUCUUCGAUAUCUUAAUCAUUUACUGUAUCUCUAGUCUUGGCUGCGAAAUGGGUUCCACCAUAAUAUGUUCCAUUUUCCCUUUAAAGCACUUAGAGUCUCUUAUUUUGCAGUUCCACAUCCCCCACUACUAAUUAAUCCUUCAAAACGUGUGUUUCAGUGUCUUGCCUGGAAGUAUGUAUUUGAGUUUUAAAAUAGCAAAUUGUGCAUCUCAUCGAUGGCUCACUGAGGAUCACCAACUGAAGCAUCAUUUGGUCCCCUUCCAUCUGUGCAGCGAGUAUAGAAGCAAAGAGGUCCUUCUGCAGUUGUACAGGGCCCUGGCGAGACCACACCUGGAGUAUUGUGUGCAGUUUUGGUCUCCUAAUUUGAGGAAGGACAUUCUUGAUAUUGAGGGAGUGCAGCGUAGGUUUACAAGGUUAAUUCCCGGGGUGGCGGGACUGUCAUAUGCGGAGAGAAUGGAGCGGCUGGGCUUGUACACUCUGGAGUUUAGAAGAAUGAGAGGGGAUCUUAUUGAAACAUAUAAGAUUGUUAAGGGUUUGGACACGCUAGAGGAAGAAAACAUGUUCCCGAUGUUGGGGGAGUCCAGAACCAGGGGCCACAGUUUAAGAAUAAGGAGCAAGCCAUUUAGAACGGAGACGAGGAAACACUUUUUCUCACAGAGAGUGGUGAGUCUGUGGAAUUCUCUGCCUCAGAGGGUGGUGGAGGCCGCUUCGCUGGAUACUUUCAAGAGAGAGCUAGAUAGGGCUCUUAAAGAUAGCGGAGUCAGGGGAUACGGGGAGAAGGCAGGAAUGGGGUAAUGAUUGGGGAUGAUCAGCCAUGAUCACAUUGAAUGGCGGUGGUGGCUCGAAGGGCCGAAUGGCCUACUCCUGCACCUAUUGUCUGUUGUCUAAUAUCUAUGUGUAUGAAGGAACUGCAGAUGCUGGUUUACACCCAAGAUAGAGAUUCAAAUGUUGGAGUAAAUCAGCGGGUCAGGCAGCAUCUCUGGAGAAAAGGAAUAGGUGA